AUGAGUGUUGCCAAAACUGUCGACUUCCGCACGUUUACGUUCGAGCUGUGGGAAUGUUGUGAUGCGUGCGAAGACAGUGAACUAUCAACCGAAGAUGUCUACAUUGAGAAUGUGUGUUUGGGAAACCAAAGAGUGCCAAAGAAGGAGCCGUCUGUCUUAGGUCUGACACCAGAAGGCGUUUUGUUGGAGCUGCUCAAACAUGUGGAGAAUCGUUCGCAGGACAGGUCCCCGGCAGAUGGAGGAGCCGCGGAGAGUUCCGUGGAAGGGUUUCUCUCAUGGUUUCUGUCGGGCAUGCCGAUUGCCCUGCACCCGCUCAUUCUAGUGCGGCUGCUACAACAUUGCCUCAUCGGCAAAAUUCGCAAGCAGCGCUCGAAUGACCAGCGUGCCAUACAGGCGCUCGCCAACAACCAGAAGGAACGGCAGCCGCGCCCGUCGCUCACCCUCAACUGUCAGAACGACCUCAACCGCAAGCCGGACACGUCUCCGAAGCAGCGGGUUCACAUCAACUUCGCAGUCGGUGCGAUCGGCAAGAGCCUUGCUCUGGCGGCGCAGGCGGGCGAGCUGAACAACGUGGCGCGCUCUGGCAGCGGCGGCGGCGGGAAACAGAAGAACGCCUCGCUCGAGCGCUUGAACACGAAGAACGAACUCGGGUCGCCGCUCGUCGUGCCAAAGCCCCCGCGCUUCGCCACUUGGGGCAGCUUCAAGCGGAAACAGCAUUCGAAGUCGACGUUUACAGGUGCUGGCAUGUGCGAAUGUUGGGCCAAUCUGGGCAAUGCAGAGGCCAACAUCGCUCGGGAGACGUCCGCCGCGGCAGCCGCCGCCGCCGCCGCGACGCACGUCACGGCCGACGACGUCGUCACGGAGAUUGCCGACAUCAUCCAGUUCCAGCACGACAUCGUCCACCUGCCGCCAGACGACAACAUGGGCGGCGGCGGCGGCGGCGGCGGCGGCGGGGCGCUGCGGCGCACCAACUCGCUGCCGAGGCUCGCCGCGCGCGCGCUAUGCCUGCAGAAGACGUCGUGCGCGGCGGAGGAGGUGUUCGUCACGCGGCUGCGCAGCGGUUCGCAGCCCGGCACGUGGUCGCCGCGCCGACCCGCGCUCCUGCCGGGGGUGGCGCCCACCCCCGCUGCCGGCGAUGGCGGUGGCGGGGGCGGUGACGGCGGGGGAGGCGGGCAGAGGCUGAAGGCGCCAAAGCAGCCGUGCCUGCACGACCUGCGCACGCAGUCGCCGACCAGCGAGCUACCUAUCCUGCACAGGUGCGUGGGGGUAUCCCGACAGCUCGGUAUCGGCACGGAAAAGAUAGUGUUGCUGGACAGCAAGACUAAGGCUCUGGCGAAGGCACAAUCCACACUGGACCUGCAGCAAUGGAGGACCGGUGGUGGACGAUCACACGACAGGCUGCUGCUGGAGUUUCGCGGCACCAAGUGGUCGUUUGUGAUGCCGACUGCGGUGUCCAUGCAGGCGAUCAGCGUCGUGCUGUGGGAGAUCAUGCAGGACAGCGACGGGAAGUUCCUCGACGACAACAUCAUCGGAAAUUCAGAGAGUUUAGCGCAGGAGAUCAAUAAGCGCCAGCUUGCGUUGAGGCCAGCUUCCGAUCAAGGCAGCGUCUACUCGAAAGAACUGGAGAGCCUGCAGAAGAUGCUGCACUUUCCCGAAGAAGUGGCCCUGUUGCUAACGGAAACCGAGUACACGCUCUUCCGCAAGGUGUCGCCACUGUGCUACGUGCGGCAGGUCACGUGUGAUCUGUCACAGCUGCGGGCAGACGAUUCUCAGAAGACGGUCCAGGAUUUGAUAAAGCGAUUCAUUGAGGUCAGUUCGUGGAUCACACACAUCAUCAUCUCUCAGCCGAAGCACGAGGAUCGCAAGGCUGUUCUCUCCUGCAUCCUGCGCGUUGCCACCACCUGCUGGAGCAUCGGCAACUUCAAUGCUGCCGUCGAGAUUCUAGCUGGCCUGAAGUGAGUGCAGAGAUUAAUUGUCGCAUUGAUUCUGGUUUUGGAGAAAAUACACGGCGCUAUACGUCGGCGACUGAGUCGCUCGCUGUUUGUUGGGUUUAGCAACGAGGAUGAUUAUGACAGUGAUGACAGCGACUACGAGCUGUCCACGAGUACGUACAAGCCCAUCCACGCUCCCAGCCAGACUCACGGAAUCUCGUUCAUUCCAACCAACUCUAGCAAGACCAACUUACACCACCUGCAGUGCAUGCAUCAUGGAACCACCGCCCUUCAUUGGGAUGAAGACAAGUCUGUCAUGUGCUAUGUCAAGCUAGAAUAUGGUAGUGCCAUUCUCACUUGGUGCCGGACGCUGUGGAGUGCUCUGCGUGGCAAUGGUGCGGCCGACUACGUUCUCAGUAGUGACAUGACGGCACCCGUCUCCUCAGGGCUCAUGGGAAAAUACCAGAUCGGGGGCGACGUAUGUCUGAACGGCCUUGAGGACGGCUACAUAGAGCUGACCUACGUCAAGGAUGCGGUGCUGGAAGAGGGCGGCGUUGACAUGGUUACGGUGACUCGUCGCCAUGGCGUUGACGACAGCGAGAUGAAGUGCAUCACGCUGGUCUACGGCGUCAACCUCUCCGACAAUCGUGUGCUAAAGUUUAUCUUGCCAAAACACAGUGCAGAGCUGUGGUACGAAGGACUCAGGAACGUGGUCAGUGGACACCAGAGGCAGCGGCGCCUCAGUGACCAGCGCAUACAGUGGCUCAAGGAGCAGUUUCUUCAGCGUUACUACGACGGCGAGGACUGCCAGGGGCCGACCCCUGCCGAUGCCAUCAAGAUGUUCGGCGGGCGUAAGUGGACCCUAGGUUCCCUCGUUGUGUCUACGAGCGUGUCAGAAGGUGGCUCUGCGCUCAGCUUCCGUCGCGGUUCCAGCUUCACUGUCGGCUCGACGACCACCAAACUACUGAAGAAAACGAGCAGGAGCUCCCUCUAUGCAAAGGACACGAAGAACGGAGAUGCCACAAAGUUGCUGAGCAGUAGUCUACGGCUGAAGAAGAAGACGAAGGAACUCAGCCCUCCCGUUCACAGAUGCGCGCUACCGCCGACGACGACGACGACGACAGAGAAAGCCUCCCUGACGAACGACGACGCAGACCUUGACGCACAGCCGACGAAAUGUCCCGGACAGAAGGCUGUCUCUCUGACAUUCAACUUUCAAGAAAGACUGAAGCCAAAAGGGAAACCGUCGCUGAGGGAUGAGGCACCGCCGCAGCACGACAUCGCCAGCCAGCAGACGGCGCUAGAGUUCCACGGCUUCGUCGAUCUCUUCAAGGCGUUCAGUCUUCGCUCGCGCAAGGACCUGAAGGACCUCUUCGAGUACCUCAUCGAUGUGAUCGGGUCGACGAGCGAGGAAGCUGUGGCCGUUAAAGAGCAGCAGCAUCAUCGCCACACCGCCUCCGUUGAAGACGACGACGACGACGACGUCGACGAGGAGGAAGAGGAGGAGGAGGAGGAGGACGACGACGCGUUGGCUAUGUCGGCUGCAAUACGCACGACGGGGAAUCUCGGUCUGAUAACGCGAAACAUGCCCGAGGACCUGAUCGAGAACGGACAGCGGAACAAGGUUUGCGACGCGAUCGCCGUCGCCAGCAUCGUCGCCAACUGCGCGGGCGUGGAAACGUCGAAGGGCGUCACGAUGUCGGCCAAGGACUUCCAGACGUUCCUCAGCGAGUACCAGCAGGAGACGCUGAGCGAGAGCGACGUGCUCUGGCUUAUACAGAUCCUACGACCCGGUAAGGCCGCUAGAUCACUUGUCCCGAUGGGAUUCGCGAGGCCGGCACAGUCGAUACUGGAGAAUUCUGGACUAAAGGCCUCUAAACGCCGGAAAGCUCGUCAAAGGAAGUUCUUCCUUGUCCCGACCGGACAGCUGGUGGCAGACAUCUGGUCCGGGCUUCUCGGCGAGCGAGACCGGGAGUACAACGCCGAGACUGCCCUCAGCUCCGACGCAGCUGAAGUACAAAGACAUCCUGAAGGAACAAAGAACAUCGCGAGCUCCGUGCAGCCGGAUGACACAGCGCGCAUGUCGUCGCUCGCAGGGCGUGUCCGCGAGCGCGGUCGCGGGAAACAGCCUCCUAGGUUAGCGAGCUACAUGAGAAACAACAGCAUUAUCUCUACUGGCAGUGGGUCAGUUCACGAUGAAGAUGAUGACGAUUCUGAGAUGGAAGAAUACGAGGAUUACAUCAUCGAUAGCAGUAAGAAAAACAUUCUAGUAAAUCCAAGGUCAGAACGGCAGUUGUAUAGCAUGCAGUUAACUGAUUCGUGUGCGGAUUACCUCACUGGCAGUUCCUAUAGCUUCCAUUCCACCUAA